AUGUUGGACCCAGAUCUCUUGCAUCAGCUCAGCGGCCUCGCUGUGACGAUCGUCGUCGCCUUGCUCACGUUACCCGCCUUUGUUCGCGCCUGGAAAACGCGUAUUCGACCGGGGGCAGGCUAUAUCCAACUGGGCAGAGAUGAAGUUGGCUAUCAAGAUCGCGAUGGUGUCGCCACCGAGGAUUCUAUUCGGGCCUUCACGGACACACGGGCCAGAAUUGCGGUCUGGCUCGGAGCGGUUACAGGCCUGGCAGCAUCUAUCGCUGUGAAGAUUGUGGGCCUCAAGAGUCCUGACCACGCUGACACCCUCACUUCGCUGGACACCUGGACGGAACCGGCCUGCUGGAGAGAUACCACGGCGUUAUCCUUGGGGGUGCUCUAUUCUAUUCAACUGAUGGUGGCUGUGGUGACGGCAUGUGGCUUCGCCGCCGUUCCGCGGCGCCCCGAUAUUUAUGAUGAGACGGCACUUGUCGAUCAACAGCACACGCUCUCCCUCCUGUCCCUUUUCUCGUUCUCCUGGAAUCGGAGGAUUUUCAGUGUCGCGAAGCAUCGACAGAUGCAGGUCCAGGAUAUUCCCAAUCUUGAUUUUGUCACGGGGUCGAGGUACCUAGAGGCCAAAUUUCUCGGGAACCGUGCCAAGGGGCCCCUUUGGAAGCGGCUUAUCAGAGCCUAUGCCGGCGAGCUUGUGCUCCAAUGGUUGUUAACCUUAAUCAUUGCAUUUCUGUCCCUGUUUCCCCAGGUUGUCCUGUACAACUUCUUGUCUAAAAUUGAGCGGAGCCGAGAGCACACGGCCGCUGACCCGACUGUGUUCUUCUGGGUCUUUGGGCUUUUACUGAGUCAGCUGCUCCAAGUUGGGGUCAACAACUGGCUCAAAUGGAUCACCUCCAGUCGACUCGAGAUUCCGGUGAGCUCGCUUCUGCAGUCUCUUGUCUUCUCUAAGGCCCUCAAGCUCUACGAAACAGCGCCCCCAGGCCAGAAUGCGGAUAAAAACCGCGAUUCCGCCCAGGAAGGUGCCCAGAGAGAUGGGCACCAUGACAGCGGCGAGGGGGCUGGCAAGAAAAAGGCCAAGGAGCCCGAAACCCGACAGUCGGUGAUCAACCACAUGAAGCUGGAUAGUGGCCGCGUUACAAUUUUCUGCACGUAUAACAAUAACUUUCCCAUGGCUAUUUUCAAGCUUAUCCUCGCUGGCGGGUUUGCCGUCAGUUUGAUGGGCUGGUUGCCGGUCGUGUGCGGCUUGGCCGCUGGGUCUUUGAUGGUCCCCUUGAGCUCCAUGCUGUCUAGACGAUAUACGGCCUUGCACUUCGGUCUGAUGAAAUACCGAGAUGGGAAAGCUCACCUCUUGACGGAAGCGCUCCAAGGCAUGCGGCAAAUCCGAUACUCCGCUCUCGAGCAACACUGGGAGAACAAAAUCCUCUCAUCGCGGAACGAAGAGCUUAGGCAGUACUGGAGGGUCGCGCUUUGGCAGUGCUUGGUGGUUUUCAUGGUCAACCUUGGCCCGCUGCUGCUCGCCAGUGUUACUUUCCUCAUUUAUGUGUGGCAGAACGGCACGCACAUCCGAGCCUCCAUCAUUUUCACCUCGCUAGGCUUAUUCGACCAGCUUGACGAGGCUGUAGCGUUACUGCCUCUUCUGCAGAUGUACCUUCUCGAGGCAUGGACCAGCGCCGUGAGACUUGAAAAGUACUUCAACCAGACUGACAAGGCCCCCGUGUCGGAGCCUGGGGAACGUAUUACGUUUGACAACGCGACGGUGGCGUGGCCGAGGGUUCAAGACAGCGAGAUCCCCGAGCCGGGGACGGAAGCGCAGCGGGAAGCGCACUCGAUCCUGAGGGACGCCACUCUGGAUUUCCCGAUCGAACAGCUCAGCGUUAUUACUGGCAAAACGGGCUCUGGGAAGAGUCUUUUGCUUGCGGCACUUCUCGGAGAAGUCAAGCUAUUGUCUGGGGCCGUUCACAUGCCAUCCUCCCCCGAGAUCGACGAUACCGCCACGCACAUUUCGGAGGCCGACUGGAUAGUCCCUCAGCUGACCGCAUUUGUUUCCCAGUCGCCCUGGAUCGAAGGUGGGACGGUCAGGGAAAACAUCACGUUUGGUCUCCCAUUUGUCGCAGAUCGCUACCGCAAGGUCCUCAGGGCCUGCGCUCUCGAAAAGGACAUUGAGCUUCUCGUAGACGGUGAUGCGACGGAAGUCGGCCCCAAGGGGAUCAGUCUUUCAGGCGGCCAGCGUUGGCGUGUCGCCCUUGCCCGGGCUCUCUACUCUCGAGCCGGCAUUCUUGUUCUCGACGAUGUAUUGAGUGCGGUUGACGCCCACGUUGGCAAGCUGAUUGUCGAUGAAGCUCUUACCGGAGUGCUUGCCCGGGGGAGGACCCGCAUCUUGGCCACUCACCAUGCCGAGUUGGUCCUCCCCUACGCGAGCUAUCUUGUUCGUCUCCGUAGCGGCGAGGUUGACUCAGUGGAGCGUCUUGUACCGACUGAUACGGAGCGUAGUGGUGCUGAAGCGCAGCAGGUGUCCGCGGUAUUGGAAUCUUCACAAAAUGAUGACAGUGCUCACCACGGCCACGAUGGCACUAACGGCACUAACGGCACUAACGGCACUAACGGCAUCAACAACAUAAAUGGCCAUGCCGACGCGAACACCUUAAAGAAUCCCAAGAAGGAAGACGAGGAGCAACGGGAGACCGGACGUGUCAAAUGGGAGGUGUACAAAGCUUACUACAAAGCUAGUGGUGGCACCGUCUACUGGUUGAUAGGGAUAUUCAUCCUGCUCCUUGGCCAUUUCCUAACAGUGGCCCGAAACUGGAGUUUGAAGGAGCUGUCACAGCAGGCGGCCUCCGAUACGGUUCAUCUCACCUCGCAAACGGCCCACAUGGUGGUCUCCUUGGUUUAUACCAGCGACUUUGUGUCCGCGAAGGUCGGCGAAACAGAGCACGGUAUCUUCUUUUGGUUGGGUGCCUACAUCGUGAUCGAAUUUGCCAUGCUCUUGGUCCAGAUCAUUCGUGUGAUCGUUUUCUUUUUCGUGGGGUUGACGGCCUCCAAGGCGCUGUUCCAGCGCAUGACGCAUGCCAUUCUUAGAGCACCCUUACGCUGGAUUGACACGGUUCCGUCUGGCCGUAUUCUUAACCGCUUCACCUCAGACACUUUCGUGGUUGACAGACGUCUCUCCAACCAAACGUUUACCUUUAUUCGCAAUAUUCUCUUCUUGGCCGUCAUCAUUGCCACUAGUCUGUCGGUAUCUGUCUACGUAAUAUUUUUUGGCGUCUUACUCUUCCUUCUCUAUGUGGGUGUUGCCCGCGAGUACAUCAUCGCUGCCCGCGAGGUCAAGCGGAUCAACUCGGUUUCGCACUCUCCGAUCUACGACCAGUUUAGCUCCGUCCUUUCAGGCCUCUCCACCAUCCGUGCCUUUGACCGCACCAAUUUCUACAUGGACCGUAUGUAUCGCCUGAUCGACAAUAGCGCUAAGGCGUCAUGGAUGUUGGAGCUGUCCACCCGCUGGAUGGCUUUCAGGAUGGGGGUGCUUGGCGCCUUGUUCGUCAGCGUCGUGGCGAACGCCGUGGCCUUCAGCCGUGUUGACGCUGCCUUGGCUGGUUUCAGCCUGGCUUUCGCCUUGCGGUACACGAACGCGUUGACUUCGCUAUUGCAAUCCUUGACCUCGGUCGAGCUGGGAUUCAAUGCUUGCGAGCGAGUCCUUGAAUACGCCGAGAUCGACACUGAACCGGAGGGCGGCAAGGACGCCCCAGCCGCAUGGCCAGCAGAAGGGAAGAUCGAGGUCAAUAACCUGACGAUUCGUUACGCCGAUGAUCUCCCCCCUGUGUUGAAGAACCUCAACUUCACCGUCGGCGCUGGUGAGCGGAUCGGCAUUGUCGGCCGGACCGGAGCUGGGAAGUCGACCCUCGCUGCGGUUUUAUUCCGCCUGCUCGAUCCUCUUGAAGGUUCCGUUCACGUUGACAACGUGGAUAUCUCAACGUUGAAGUUGUCUCAGCUGCGCAGCCGUCUUGCCAUCAUUCCGCAAGACCCCUUUCUAUUCUCGGGCACCCUUCGUUCAAACUUGGAUAUGGAGGGAAUUCUCGAAGACCACGAGCUGCUUGAGUCGCUGAAACGCGUACACUUGAUUGAGAGCGACGAAGAUACAGAUGACCAAACCGCACCCGUCGUACCAGACAGUAAUACUCUCGCCAGCACAUCGGGAUCGACCAUAUUACCGGGCCUCCGUUCCGAGACGGCGACCGAGGCGUCGACAACAAUCAAUGCCGAGCCGACCGUGAUCGACCCCAUACCAGAACCGCAGCCCGGCCAGGACAGUUCAAACAUCUUCACAAACCUUUCCACCCCUGUCAGCACAGGGGGCGCCAAUCUCUCCCAGGGACAACGCCAACUCGUGUGCCUGGCCAGGUCUCUCCUUAAACGGCCCAAAAUUGUCGUACUUGACGAAGCCACGAGCGCGGUCGAUCGGGGAACGGACAGCAACAUCCAAGAGUCGCUACGGCAAGAGUUCGCGGCCGCGGGAUGCACGGUGCUUGUUAUCGCUCAUCGCCUGUCAACCGUGGCCGACUUCGAUCGGGUGUUGGUUCUGGAGAAAGGCCGUGUAGCUGAGAUUGGCACGCCCCGUGAGCUUUUGCUCGCAGGUAUGAGGCGGGCGGCGGAUGAAACGACGGAGGGUGCUAGCGGCAUCGAUGAUGACGACAGCGCUAGUGCCUCGCAAACCCAGGAUGGGGAAGAAGAAGCGGUAGAUGGUACCGGCGCGUUUUGGGAAUUGGUGCAAAAGAGCGCCGAGAAGGAGAAGCUUUUGGACAUGAUUCUUGGUGCGGAGAAAGAUACGUUGACAGAGUCGAUCCUUGGCCACGGCGAUCGUUAG